AUGACUCCAGGAGAACAAGCCCUUGCCAGUGGCAACUACACCCCUGUCACAAAGUUCAUCUUGCUGGGAUUCUCCAAUUACCCAGACAUCCAGGAGCUUCUCUUCAGAACGUUCCUGCUCAUCUAUGCCAUGACAGUGGUGGGCAACCUGGGGAUGAUGUCGCUCAUCUUCACAGAAUCCCGUCUCCACAGCCCCAUGUAUUUCUUCCUCAGCGUUCUCUCUUUUCUUGAUAUUUGCUACUCUUCUGUAGUUACACCCAAGCUCUUGGUCAACUUUCUGGCCUCCGACAAGUCCAUCUCAUUUGAGGGCUGUGUGGUCCAGCUGACUUUCUUUGUUGUGCAUGUGACAGCUGAAAGCUUCCUGCUGGCCUCCAUGGCCUAUGACCGCUUCAUGGCCAUCUGCCACCCCCUCCAUUAUGGUUCUAUCAUGACCAAGAGGACCUGUCUGCAGCUGGUGGCUGCUUCCUAUGCAUUUGGAGCAGUUAACUCUGCUAUCCAGACUGGAAAUGUCUUUGCCCUGCCUUUCUGUGGGCCCAACCAGGUAGCACACUACUUCUGUGACAUCCCACCCCUUCUCCACCUGGCCUGUGCCAACACAGCCACAGCAGAGGUGGUCCUCUAUAUCUUCUCUGCUCUGGUUACCCUUCUGCCUGCCACAGUCAUCCUUGUGUCCUACAGCUUGGUGUUGGUGGCCAUUGGGAAGAUGCACUCAGCAGCUGGGCGGGAGAGGGCUCUCUCCACAUGCACCUCCCACUUCCUGGCCAUUGCCAUUUUCUAUGGCACUGUGGUUUUCACCUAUGUCCAGCCCCAUGGAUCCAUUCAUGACAGCAAUGGCCAAGUAGUGUCCAUCUUCUACACCAUCAUAAUUCCCAUGCUCAACCCCUUCAUCUACAGCCUCCUCAACAAGGAGGUAAAGAACGCCCUACAGAGAAAGCUCCGAGUCAACGUCUUUCCCUGCUGA